AUGGUCAUGUACUUUUCUGUGGACUGGCUGGCCCAGAGCCAUCACAACACCGCGCCGAGCGAGGAGCACGGAGCUGGCACGGAACCUUCGCCGACCUGCAGACCUCACAUCCCCUGCAUGGUGCAGCCACGACCGCCGACCCUUGGCAAGAGUCACCUGCAGCCCAAACCUAAAGCCUUAAAGCCUGUUGUCAUGCAGAGCAGCAGACAGCAGGAUUCUAGCCUGAUGAGCUCACCUCUACAUCCACGAAACUGCUCCUCACCGAUUUCAGAAACGAGCGGGUAUUCCUCCGGGUACGAGAGCGAGGCCGCCUCCUCUGAGUAUCUCUCCGUUGAUGAGGGGUGCGAGGCGGACAGAGACGGACCCCAGCGCCGAGUGCGCACAAAGUUCACCAACGAGCAGAUCGGUAAACUGGAGAAGAUCUUCAACAAGCACAAAUACCUUGACGCAGGAGAGAGAGUGAAGAUAGCGCUGAAACUGAACCUCACAGAGACACAGGUGAGGACUUGGUUCCAGAACAGAAGGAUGAAGCUGAAACGUGAGGUUCAGGACUACCUAGCCCCCCAAGUCCCCCCAGUUAUGUUCCGGCCUCUGGCCCCGGGUCAGUACCACAACAUAGCCGCUCAGCGACCCCACUACCACGCGACCGGCCCGGCCUUCUACCCUCUCCCCGUCCCGCAGCUGGUCCUCCAGCCUCAGAUGUCCCCUCACCAUUUUCCUCAUGGCGUCAUCCACAGCCAACAUUUCUACUGAAAGACUUGAAAAAACUAGAGACUUCUUUCUACUUGAAACACUUAGAAUCCAAAAAGUGCA